AUGAAGAUGUUGUACUAUCUGCUUCAUUUUUUGAGUUUUAUGGCCUUUAUUCUACCAGCCUCAUGUUCUUUUGUGGAAGCUGAUCGUUGCACAAGAUGGAAAGGUUUGUGUAGGAGAAAAUGUCUCUUGCGUGAAAAGCAGGUUGACAUAUGUCCCACACAAAGCAAGAUUUGCUGUGUUGGAAGGUUAUCAUUUGAAGAUUAA